CUUUUGUACGCAUCUUGAUGGAAUCACGAAUAUGUUGACCUUCGGGAAGAGAAGAUCCAACACUAGAUUUUCCAGUGUGGAGGAUGAAAUAAGAUGGCACUUCAAAGAUGAGAUGGAGUUGGUCCUUCAAUACGGUGGUUCUGGAUUUGAUUGUCAUAUGUUCGAUGUGAGAGACAAUGAAAUUGGAUUCUUUAAUGCGCCACCGCUUCUAGGUUCUUUAUUCCCAGCAAGGAUAAUUAAUCGUGGGGUGUGGGGAGAUCUGGAAGAUUUACAUGACUGGGAGAAAGUUAUUGUGAAUUAUGUUCUUGACCCAACUUUGUCGGCCAAUGAGAUUGUAUUUCUUGGGGAUAAAGUGAUUGGGAGGAGGGCGGACUUUCUAACAUUGAAUGCACAUCAACUGGUUAGCGCUAGAGUUGUAAAUUGUUUAGUGGAGAUUUUAUCAGCAGAGGAGGUUCAUGGACGUGGUAAGAGGAGAAGGUGUUGGUGGAUUCCGACAGUGUUAUCGGUGAGUUUUAUUUGGUUUUAAUAAGUAAUAUAAUAUAAUGUUGUUGUCUUACUAGUGAGUUGUAUUAUGUGUGAUGUUUUUAACAGUACCAAAUAACAAAUG